UAAAAGUUAGAAAUCACUGAAAUCAUUGUCUAGGAAGAAGAUGCAUUUUAUUUAACACAUGUUGAUAUGUUGUGCAUGUAUUUUGAUUCGGAAUAUCAUAUAACAAACAUUAAAUGACGCUAUAAAAUAAGAUGAAAUCCCAGCUGUUAUCUCAUGAUGAGUGGAUCGGACAACAGGCGCACUCUGGUGCAGAGUAACAGCGGGAAAGCUGCAACGCUAUCGCUGCGAAACACUGCUCAAACCAGCCGCCGAAUGGCCACAGAAUGCCGGUUAACUGAUUAUUCCUAUAAACACGGUUUCCGCAAGUGAGGAGCGUAUUAGCACGCUGGAGAAAUGCAGCAAGAGCGCUACUCUUCCUCCGACAGGCCUCUGGAUCCGGGGUCUCUGCUGGAAUGCGACGCCGAGGGGAGCGCGGGCCGGCUCGGUUGCGCGGCGGUGGACUUCCCGGUAGCUGUGGUUCUUCCCGCCGGUGGCUGCGGGGAAAGAAUGGGACUGCCCACACCGAAACAAUUCUGCACCAUUCUCAACAGACCAUUGAUAAGCUACACAAUUCAAGCGUUUGAGAGAUUAUCAUGGAUUGGAACUGUUGUGGUUGUGGUUGCCAAAGAGAAUCAUGACUUGAUGCUGAAUAUUGUCCAGAAAUUUAAUCACACAAAGGUAAAAGUAGUCCACGGGGGAACCACCAGACACAGGUCUAUAUUUAACGGACUUCAGGCCUUCAGCGACACUACAGACCCACCCACACCCAAACCAAAAGUGGUCAUCAUCCAUGAUGCCGUACGGCCCUUUGUGGAAGAAGACCUUCUGCUGAAAAUCACCCUAGCAGCUAAAGAGCAAGGGGCCUCGGGAGCAGUACGUCCUCUGGUGUCCACAGUUAUUGCAACCACUUCGGAAGGCUACCUGGACCACUCGCUGGAGAGAGCGAAGUACCGAGCCAGUGAAAUGCCUCAAGGAUUUCUUUAUGACAUUAUUUUCCAGGCCUACCAGCGGUGCAGUGAAUUUGACUUUGAGUUUGGCACCGAGUGCUUACACUUGGCCCUGCAGUACUGUGGCACCAAUGCAAAGCUCAUAGAAGGACCACCGACUCUGUGGAAAGUAACAUACAAGCGAGAUCUCGCAGCUGCGGAGGCUAUUAUUAAAGAGACUCUUUCGAUGUCAGCAUGUAUCAUCGCAGGAGCUGAAGCAGAAGCUGUUGAUUUGGCCAAAACGCUUCAGAAAAAUCUGAACAUGAUGGAGACAGACGUCAUUCCAUGUGCAAAGGAGAGUAAUGCAGAGUACCUGUCCAAAACCCGAAACUUCAUUCACAUAUCUACGACUGGAUCAAAUUUUUCAGAGGUCCUGGACAUGGUGAAACGUUUUGAGAACACAGACCACGCUCGUUUAUACCCAGUUGUUAUUGUAUGGGUACAGCUGAACAUGACAAAGCAGUCUGUCGACAGCCAAGGGACAGAUGAGAUGACCGUCUUCAAGACUCUGGCAUCUGAAAUCGUACAGGGAAAUGUUCUGCUCUAUGGAAUUCAGAUUGAUCACUCCAAGGUGCCAGAGCAGUGGGAGAGAUCUGUUGAGAGACUCACUCAAAUCACUGUCGCUCUCAUCAGAGACAGAAACGCUGCUCUCACUGGGCAGCUGCUUCAUGCCUGAAACUGAAGCAUGAGAAGAUGCGUUGUAGUAGACAACCAGGAUGCAGCCUGUGGACUCACAAAGACAGAAGCAUGGAAUCUGAAAGGUCAAAGAACAUUUGCAAAUGAAGGCAUUUCAGUAUAAAAUAGAUAACAAUGAGUGACGGUGUGGCUAGACAGUCACUGUUUGGAUCAUUUGUUUCUUUAGAUUUCACAGUGGUCAUUUUUAACUCUAAACUUACCAGGUUUGCCAAUAGCCUGAUGUACAUCAGUACACACAAGCACAAUCAAACACCUGUCUGAAGCGAUCAAUAUAUUUGUUUGUAAAAAUGAAUUUUGGUUAAUAAAACAAAUCAAAAAUAA